AUGGCCGCCGCAGUCGACACCGCGGCCGUGGCGGGUGCGGGCGGGAGGCUGAGGGUGUUCUUCCUGCCCUCCUUCAUCCGGGGCCACCUCAUCCCGCAGACCGACCUGGCGUGCCGCGUCGCCGCGGCAAGGCCCGCGGAGGUAGAGGCGACCAUGGUCGUGACGCCGGCCAACGCGGCCCUCAUCGCGCCCACAGUGGCGCGCGCCGCGGCCGCCGGCCACGCCGUGCGCGUGCUCUGCUACCCGUUCCCGGACGUCGGCCUCGGGGAGGGCGUCGAGUGCCUCACCACCGCCCCCGCGCACGACGCGUGGCGUCUGUACCGCGCCAUGGAGAUCGUGCAGCCGUCCCACGAGUCUCUGCUUCGGGACCACCACCCCGAUGCCAUCGUCGCCGACGCGCCGUUCUGGUGGACCAACGAGGUCGCCGCCGAGCUCGGGGUGCCGCGCCUCACGUUCCACCCUGUCGGCAUCUUCGCGCUGCUCGCCAUGAACAGCCUGUUCACCAUACGGUCCGACAUCAUCCGGACCAGCUCCGCCGCCGCUGGGACGCUGCUGUCCGUGCCGGGCUUGCCCGGGAAGGAGAUCGCGAUCCCGGUGUCCGAGCUCCCGAACUUCUUGGUCCAGGACGACCACCUCUCCAAGGGGUGGGAGCAGGUGAGGGCGUGCCAGAUCGCUGGCUUCGGCGUCAUCGUCAACACCUUCGUCGACCUAGAGCAGCCCUACUGCGAGGAGUUCAGACGCGUGGAGGCGCGCCGCGCUUACUUCGUCGGGCCCCUGGGACAGCCAUCGCGCUCCACCCUGCACCGCGGCGGCGACGGCAACGUGGACUGCCUGAGCUGGUUGUCCACCAAACCGAGCCGGUCGGUAGUGUUCGUAUGCUUCGGGAGCUGGCCCGACUUCUCGGUGACUCAGACCAGAGAGCUCGCCCUGGGGCUCGAGGCGUCGGACCAGCCAUUCCUGUGGGUUGUCCGCUCCCAUGACUGCAGCGACCAGUGGGCACCGGAGGGCUGGGAGCAGCGCGUCGCCAGCCGUGGCUUGGUCGUCCGCGGAUGGGCCCCUCAGCUGGCCGUGCUGGCCCACCCGUCGGUGGGCGCGUUCGUGACGCACUGCGGUUGGAACUCGGUCCUCGAAGCCGCGUCCGCGGGCGUGCCGGUGCUCACGUGGCCACUGGUGUUCGAGCAGUUCAUCAACGAGCGGCUGGUCACCGAGGUGGCCGCGUUCGGCGCGCGCGUGUGGGACGGCGGCAGGCGCAGCGAGAGGGCCGAGGAUGCGGAGACCGUGCCGGCGGAGGCGAUCGCGCGGGCCGUGGCCAGCUUCAUGGGAGGCGGAGAGCAGCGCGACAGGUUGAAGGCCAGGGCCGAGGAACUAGCGGAGCGCGCGCGCGCCGCUGUCAGUGAGGAUGGGUUGUCCUGGCGUGACAUAAACCGCCUCAUCGAUGAUCUCCUGCAGGCGAGAGCCUCAGGGUUGGCACAAGGUAAUUCCGUCCAAGUUUAA